CACACAAGCUCGUCAGCUGUACGAGCAGCGACAGAAACGCUGACCCAUUUUACUGUAGCCGCGGAGGGACAACGACAACAACAGCAGCAGCGACGAAACGACACUUCCACAGCCUCUGACCGGAUAGGGAAACCCCUCUAUUUCGUUCUCCAACACCCCUGGAAACACCUGUCUCCUCCACCAACCUGACUUGAUUAAAACCAUCACAGGGAUUAGAUGGUGUGGCUGAACGAGAGGAAGAAGAGAGAGAAAGAACCUUGGAGAACUUGUGGAGGCUUUUGGUCACAGAGGCCAUUGUUCAACAGAAGCUUCUCAAGGGACGAAAAGCCAUUGAAAAGUCUGUAAUGGCUGAGCUGUCAUCAGCACAGGUGAGUGAAUGCACCUGAGCAUUACUGCUGCUGCUGCUGCUGCCGCCGCCGCUGCAGCCCCUGGACAUUUAUUGCGCAGUAAAAAAGGGAAGAUCCACAUUACUGUGACACCAGGAAGGACACAAUCCCCCACAUUUCUUUUUGUCUGGAUGGUUUUUUAACCUGGAUUCUCUUUCACCUGGGAAGGGAGCGAAUGACUAAUUGUGGUUUUGGGAGCCGUUUGAGCUGAGCUGCAGAGGCUCAAGCGUGUCCACACGCAGAAAUGAAAUACAUGGAAGAAGAACACACAGCAUUGUUUUUGAGCAGCUGAGUCCGUGAAGGCCCCAGCGCCGGCCAUGUUGGAUCUCUUCCUCAGAGUGCUGGCGUUGACCCGUCUUCACCCGUCGCCUCGCAGCGGCACGCUGCCAACCUAAACCCUCACUCUCUUCCUGCAUUCCUCUUCUUCCACUGCCUGGUCGGGAGAAAGGUAAAGUAAGGUCUUCUUAAGGUCUUCAAGAAAAAUGUCCUAUGCACAUCACAAGCUGCUCACCUGGAGCGAAUCUCACUUCGCCCUCCUGCCGCUGACCUACCUGUGGCUCGUGGCUCUGACCACAGGGGUGUCGGCAGAUCUGUGCAGGGUGACUGGCGGGGUUCUGGGGAUGCACUGGAGCAGCGCCGUCAGCCUGGGUUGGUACCCUUUAGCAGACGGGAUAGGUGGGGCAACAUGUUGGGAGUCCUGCUGCUUACAUCAGCACUGCAGUGCCGUGUGGAGCAUCGGCGGGCGCUGCAUCCUCCUCAGCUGCUCGAGGAAGAAGGGCUGCCCCAUCACUUUCCUGCCCCAGCCUCACCAGGAGUCUCUUGGCCUCCUUCAGUUGCUCUCCAAGGGUCCCGUCCGAGCGAAACGCAGAGCGGCUCGUCGUGCACUUCCUGCCGGAAGCAGACCACACCCAGGAGACCUCACAAGCACGGAAAGUUUCAAGCUGGAAACAUCUUUCCCCACUCCGACGUCACCCAGCACCAUCGCACUCCAGGUACCCCAAAAGAGCCUUAGCCCUUUAUCCAAUGGGAGUUCACACACAGCUGUAGCAUCAUCACAACAAAACUCAACGGUGGACAACACUGUUGAUAGUCCGGCGUCUUCCAACAGCAGUGAUGUCACCUCAAUCACAACCGAACUGAAUGUCAUCACAACUCCAACAAAGGCUGCAGUGAAGGAGCUGGUGGUGUCAGCGGGACAGAGCGUGGAGGUCACACUUCCCCGCAACGAGGUUGAACUCAAUGCCUUUGUGGUCCCACCGCCUCCGACAGGGACGAACUAUGCAUUUGACUGGCGCUUGAUAUCACAUCCCAAAGAUUACAGUGGGGAGAUGGAAGGAAAGAAAAACAAGACUCUUAAACUCAGCAAGCUGACUGUGGGUCUGUAUGAGUUUGAGGUGAUGGUGGACGGGGGGGGAGCUCAUGGAGAAGGUUUUGUCAACGUCACGGUCAAACCAGAGCCUCGGGUAAACAAGCCUCCUGUUGCCAUAGUUUCCCCAAAGUUCCAGGAGAUUUCCUUGCCAACCAGCUCUACGGUGAUCGACGGCAGCCAGAGCACUGAUGAUGACAAGGUCGUUGCAUGGUACUGGGAAGAGGUCAAAGGUCCACUGAGGGAGGAGAAGGUCUCUGCCGAGACACCCGUCCUCACUCUCACCGGCCUGGUGCCUGGGAACUACACGUUCAGUUUAACAGUGACAGACUCGGAUGGAGCCAAACACUCGACGCAGGCCUCCCUCUCUGUGUACAAAGCCAAGGAUUACCGGCCCGUGGCCAAUGCCGGCCCUAACCAGGUCAUCCAGUUGCCUCGCAACUCCAUCACUCUGUACGGCAACCAAAGCAACGACGACCACGAUUCACUGUCUUAUGAGUGGUCCCUGAGCCCCGAGAGCAAGGAUAAAGUGGUGGAGAUGCAGGGCGUACGGACGGCGAUUCUGCAGCUGUCAGCGAUGCAGGAGGGGGACUACACCUUUCAGCUGACUGUGACAGACUCAUCUGGACAGCAGGACACCGCCCAGGUCACGGUCAUUGUGCAGCCAGAAAACAAUAAACCACCAGUAGCAGAUGCAGGACCAGAGAAAGAGCUGACUCUGCCAGUCGACCGGACCACACUGGACGGCAGUAAGAGCAGCGACGAUCAGAAGAUUUCCACAUACCACUGGAUACAAACCAGCGGUCCUGUUGAUGUGAAGAUCGAGAACGGAGACGGUGCGGUUGCCACGGUGACAGGUCUGGAGGUCGGCAGGUACGAGUUCACCCUGACUGUAAUGGAUGAGAGGAAGCUGCAGAGUACAGACACUGUCGUGGUCAUCGUCAGAGAAGAGUUGGACCAGCCACCUUUGGCUCACGUCGUGUCGAGUCCACCCAUCGCUCUGCCUGUCAGGACCGCCAUUCUGGACGGAUCCCACUCAACUGACGACAAAGGUGGAGUCACUUACCUGUGGACCAGAGACGAUACCAGCCCAGCUGCAGGGGAUGUACUGAACAACUCUGACCACCAGGCGGUGCUGUUUCUGGGAAACCUGGUAAUGGGGAAGUACAGCUUUAGCCUUACUGUGACUGACAGUAAAGGACAGACCAGCAAUGACCGAGGGACAGUGGAGGUCAAAGCAGACACGUGGGAACGUGACCUGGUGGAGCUGGUGUUGGAGGUUCCAGUAUCACAGGUGUCCCAGCACCAGCGUGACAUGCUGCUGCGCCAGGUCGGCGUUUUACUGGGCGUCCUGGACAGUGACAUCAUCGUGCGAGAUAUCACUGCAUUUAAUGAGCACAGUACUUGUUUGGUCUUCCUGGUGUCGGGUGGUCCAGGGCGCCCUCCUCUAUCUGGACACAGUGUUGCAUUUGGCCUACGCAACAAACUGCGCAAGCAGAAGAACGACUUCCUCAUCUUUAAAGCUCGACGAGUGGAUACAGUCAUCUGUCAGCUGAACUGCUCCAGCCAUGGCGAGUGUGACUCGUUCACACGACGCUGUGUCUGUCACCCGUUCUGGAUGGAGAACUUCAUCCGAACUCAGUUUGGAGAUGCAGAGAGCAACUGUGAGUGGAGCGUACUCUACGUGACCAUUGCGUCUUUUCUGAUCGUGGUUGCUAUAGCAACAGUGUUCUGGGGUAUGGUGUGUUGCUGCAGGCGGCGAAAGAGCAAAGUGCGCAGAAGCAAAAGUCGAUACAAGAUACUAGAAGCUGACGAGCAAGACAGUUUGGAGCUACAGCUGCCGAGAGUUGCACGUCUGAAGCCAGUAACUGCUCCCACCUCCUCCGCUCUCAUGCACUCGGACUCUGACCUGGUGCUGCUGCUGCUGCUGCUCCGCUCAUUCACCGACACACACGGACCAAAUCACUGCUCCACCAGUUUGGCAGUUAUGGCAGAGUUGGCGGGUCUGGUGCAGCGGCUGGAGGUGGCGGUGAGUCGUCUGGAGACCAUGUCAGGCCCCGGUGGCCCAGGUGGAGAUUCUGCUGGAGGAGCUGUAUCGGAGUACGUUGAGGCCUUUGAUGAGAUCGUGAAAGGUGCUGUGGCCCGGUACCUGUCUAUCAGCCAGAAGAUCGGGGGCGACGUCCAGAAACAUGCAGAGAUGGUAAAGCAGGUGUUCUCCAGUCAGAGACAACUCCUCGUAACAGCGUCUUCCUCCCAGAAGCCCUCUGAUGCGGUUAUAACGACUCUGCUGCAGCCCAUGUCCAAAGUGCUGCAACAGGUGCAGGCAUUCCGUGAGACGCACCGCACCUCGCCGCUCUUCAACCAUCUCUCAGCUGUCAGCGAGAGUGUUCCUGCUCUCGGAUGGGUCGCCAUGGCACCAAAACCAUGUCCCUAUGUUAAAGAGAUGCAGGACGCCGCCACCUUCUACACCAACCGCGUGCUCAAGGAGUACAAGGACAAGGACAUGACACAUGUGGACUGGGUGAAGGCAUACAUCGCCAUCUGGACUGAGCUGCAAGACUACAUCAAGAAGUACCACACAACAGGACUGACCUGGAGCAAGAGCGGUCCAGUAGCCUCAGCUACUGCAGCCGCUCCUGCACCUGCUGGUGGUUGUUGUCCUCCCCCACCCCCCCCAGGACCACCACCUCCUCCUAUGGACCUGAGUGCACCCUCUGGCGGUGGCAGUGCCGAUUCUGGUCUUAGUCGUAAUGCUUUGUUCGAGUCACUCAACAAGGGAGCCGACAUAACCAAGGGCCUGAAGCAUGUGAGCGAUAACGAGAAGACCCACAAGAAUCCUGGCCUGAGGGGUCAGGGAGCUUCUGUGCGUACUGGACCCAAACCCUUUGCUUCUUCCUCCCCCAAACCCGCUGCGUCCCCUGCUCCAGCCAAAACUCUGCCCCCAGUGUUGGAGCUGGAAGGGAAGAAGUGGAAAGUGGAAAACCAUGAGGGCGCACAGAAUCUGGUGAUCAGCGACACUCAGCUGAAGCAAGUGGUUUAUGCUUUCAAGUGUAACAAAAGCACUCUGCAGGUCAAAGGCAAAAUUAACUCCAUCAUCGUCGACAACUGUAAGAAGAUGGGCCUGGUGUUUGAUGAUGUCGUGGGCGUCGUAGAGAUCAUCAACUGCAAAGACGUUAAGAUCCAGGUCAUGGGUAAGGUCCCCAUCAUCUCCAUCAACAAGACGGACGGUUGUCACAUUUACCUAAGCAAAGACUCGGUGAACUGUGAGAUCGUCAGCGCCAAGAGCUCAGAGAUGAACAUCCUGAUUGUCAAGGAAGACGGAGAUUAUACGGAGUUUGCUGUUCCUGAGCAGUUCAAGACCGUCUGGGACGGCACCAAACUCGUCACCACAGCAUCAGAGAUCACCGGGUAGAUUCAAGCGUGGAGAAAAUGGCCGCCUCUCCUCGACACAUCACCCCAAUGCCCGCCUGACUGUUCGACCACCCCACCAACUCACUAUCAACGUUGUAGACUGAGAUUUGGACCUCAUGUGUUCCACCCCCCCUUCCCUGUCAGCCAAGCACAGCUUCCGCUGUCCCUUCCAUAAGCCAAUGAGAGGAUUGCUUGCUUUACCUGCAGCAAAUCCUCCAGCCAAUCAGCAGGGAGCAGCUUGUUAUUCAAAUCAGAUUCCCUGUAAAUCCAAUGAGCACUUUUCAAAAAUGAGUUUUGCCAACAGAUGGGAUGCACUUGAUUUCUUUUUUUUCCCCAAAAAAGAUAAACCCGUAGAAUAGCCAUCAUGGAAACAGAUGGGGAUUCAUCUGCAAAAAAAGCAACUGCAUUCAAUCAGGCUCUUCUUAAAGUUGUGACCUGAUUUUCUGCUUCAUUUUAGGCAGUGUUACCAAUGACAACAGCAUUUCUACACAGGAUAAUGGCAUCCAUGUUACCACCACCAUCGCUGAUGUAGACGGUAAAAUAAACAUCAUUGGAAGUCACCAAUUAUGCAUGUUAAACAUUUGUCAAAUUUAAAAGCACAUAGAAAUAAGUUAAAAACACUUUGUGUGCAAAAUCAGUCUAUUUCACAUCGUAAAACGUUAACAAGUAGAAGAACAAGUAAUAAUUCCAUGUGCUAUCCCUUAAUCCCACACAUCGGACAUUCCUGAGUUUUAAUCAUUCCAUGUAAGGAGGCCUGUAAGAAAAAUUCAAAAUGUUUGAGGUAAAGAGCAAAGAGAUGUUGACACAGACGGAAGGAAAGAAUGAUGCAGAAAGACUCAAGACAAAAGAAAAUCACUGAUUAUUGUUAAAUGCUUCAUGUUCACCUCAGGCUCUAGAUUGAAAAUAUCUGCUGUAAUCACGUGUGUACAUAUAAAUAUGAUUCAUUUUGAAAUGGUCUUAAAUAUCAACAUCUCUUCACUCUUCCUCUGAGGGCUGUCUGCACUCUCUGAUGUUCAGCUCCUGGAGCUGUGACGCUCUUCACUCAUUUCCUUUUUUUUUUUUCUAUUGUCUUUCUUUUACCUUGUUAUUUUGGGUCCAACAAUCAGAGGUCUGCUCAUUAGUACUGGAAACAUCAUUAAAGGAAAUCUUGCAAUAAAA